ACUAUAAUGGGCGAUUACUCUCGUUACGAUCAUCUCACUUUUAAUCAAAAUCAAAUCUAAAAAAUUCUUUCACUUAAAAUCAAUUUUUGUCACUCACCGCAAAACAAAAUGUACACUAAUACAAAAAAAAAAAAAAAAAAACUAGAAAUGAUCAAUUCAACCAAUCCAUAUUAUUCAAAUAUUCAUAGAAAAUUGGUCAAAAAAAUAUUCAUAGAAAGAUUAAGUGAGAGAAAAGAGCAUGGAGAAAUCAAGAUGAUCUAUUUUAUUUUAUUCUCUCUUUUACUUUUGGUCCUGUCAUCCCUUUCUCUAUUACUGAACACUUUAUUUUCUUUAUCAGCAAGUCAUGACUCAUGCAUUGGGGUGAACCGAUUCUUGUUUCUUGGAAUGCAUGAAGCAUCUUCACUCCAACCAUUCCAAUACAAAAUCAAAAACAAUUGUUCCCUAUCUAGUCCUUUUCUUCUGUCUUUCUCUCUGUCGUUUUUUUUAAAAUACAAUUAUAUUGUUAAUCCAAGAAAAGUUCACAAAAACAUGCAUGUCUUUUGUGUUGGGAAGUUGUGACUAAUUUAAUAUUUGCAUGGGAUUUAGAGCUUAAGUUGAAGACCACAAUAAGAUCUUGGAUAACAAGAAAAGCUACAACACAAGAAGCUUAUGCUCCACGCACACCAACUUUUUCUUUCCUACAAGGCUACACAACCUUUUAAAUUUUAAUAUUUAUUUAUUUAUUUUCAAUAUAUAAAGCAAAUAAGCAAAAGCAUUUGUUCUCUCUCACCUCCACUACAUAAUGUUGCUUUAUCCUUUGCAAGUUUCAACCUUUUUCUUUGCUUACUGUACUUAAUUAGUUGCAUCUUUUCCUUCUUUAUAGACACAUAAACAAACAACUAAUAUUGUCGGUUGUGUCUUUCUGUGCAAAAAUCUAGCCAAAGUUUACAACAGAAUCUCCACAUUAUCUGAUAAUUAAACCAUUAAUUGUGGUCAAAAUUACCAAUUAAGAGUUAAACUUUUAAGUCAUCCUGGCCCAAAAAUAAUUUGCACCUGAUACUGUUUUUGAAAUGCAUGAAAAACCCAUGUGCACUUUCCCACUAAGCCUCACUUUUGACUGCAUACAAUGGUCCUAUUGUUAAGAAGUUACUUUAUAGUCUUGUUCUUGCAAUGUGCUUUCUUUCAUUCCUUGGUUCUUAAUCUAAGUACCAAAGAACAAUAAAUUUCAAUUUGAUUAGACCCUUUUCUCAAAGUUUCAAUCUUGUCUUUACCAUCAAGAAACAUUGGAUUUGUUCAUUUUUCUUGAAUAGUCUGAAAAAUAAUCAGAAGUAAGUAACACAAUGAACUUUGUAGCAGUUUCUUCCAAAGGAACUUGGCAUCCCAUCAUGACUACUGAUACAACCAUCCAAAGUUACUGGCUGAAUUGGAAGGUUUUGAUUUGUGUCAUAUUAAUCAUACUUUCAACCAUCUUUUCAUCAUUGCUUAUAUGGAAGUACGAGGUUUUACUUUUAUCAUGGAAGUCAACAAGAAAUGAUGACAUGGAAAUCCAAAAAGAAACAUCAUCAUCAUCAUCAUCAUUAUCAAGUUUGUAUUUGUAUGAAGAUGAAACUUGGAAGCCUUGUCUUAAAGGAAUUCAUCCUGCAUGGUUGUUAGCUUUUAGAGUUUUUGCAUUUAUUCUGCUUUUGGUGCUUCUCAUACUCACUGUUACUACUGAUGGAGGAAGCAUUUUUUAUUAUUACACUCAGUGGACUUUUUCUUCAGUCACUAUCUAUUUUGGGCUUGGAUGUGUUCUCUCUAUGCAUGGAUGUUAUCAGUAUCAUAAGAAAGCAAGUGGUGAUAAGGUGAUAAAUGUGGAUGUGGAUUCUGAGCAAGGAAUUUAUGAGACUUCUAAACUUCCCCAAAGUUCAAAUCCACCUAGUCAUCAUGAUAAAGCUUCACAAGAACAUAUUGUCCGGCAACAAGCCGGCAUUUGGGGUUACAUGUUUCAAAUAUUGUUCCAGAUUAAUGCAGGUGCAGUAAUACUGACAGAUUGUGCAUUUUGGUUCAUAAUUGUUCCCUUUCUAACCAUCAAAGAUUACAACAUAACUUUGCUGACCAUAAGCAUGCAUACCAUCAAUGCCGUUUUCUUGCUCGGAGAUACAGCUUUAAACUGCCUACGGUUCCCUUGGUUUCGAAUAGGAUACUUUUGUUUGUGGACAGUUACAUAUGUCAUUUUCCAAUGGAUUGUUCAUGCUAUAGUUAAACUCUGGUGGCCAUAUACAUUUCUUGACUUGUCAUCUCACUAUGCUCCAUUAUGUUACUUUUCAAUGGCAUUGCUGCAUAUUCCUUGCUAUGGAAUCUUCAUUUUAAUAAUGAAGUUGAAGCACAAUGUGUUGUCAACACGAUUUCUUGACUCAUACCAAUGUGGCAGAUGAGUUGGGCUUAGGAUUAGGCUGGUUUUUAUUUUCUUAUAAGUAUCAAUCAAUUUUAAAUGUAAAAAAGAGGAGAGUAGUAGUGACAAAAAAAAGGGAUUGUAAGUUUGUACUCAUUUAUUGAAUUUUUAUAGAGUAUUUAUUUAUUGGAUAAAUAUAUGACAAAGAGUAGUACUAGUAUAUCACAAUAUUUGUUUGUUCUAUAAAAGGCUUAAAUGUAUUUUUUUUGUAUAUAUAAUUUGAGAUGGGUAAUUUCAAAAUUAAGUCCCUAUUACUUUAGUCACUAUGACAUUAUGCUGUCAUUUCUUGUCUGCAUCAAUUGGGGUGUUUUGCUUUGUAAUGUUUGUGUAUUGAGGUUGGAUAUUUUCUAUGGCUUGUAUGAUUUUGGUAUAUCUUGUGCCACUUCUCUUCAAUAAAAAUUUAUUUGGUUUUCUCAAAAA